GCAGUGAUUGAUUCUUUCAAUGGCAGCAUCAAGAAGUGAACGAUGCGAGUUCUUCAUACCGAGGAUCAUGUCUUGGAUUUCUCCCGUCCUCCACAUCUCUUCCCCAGGCGGGUCUUAACCAUCUUCUUUUGGUCAUAGCCUCAAACAUCGGCCCGAUGCCGAGGUUAAGCCCACGAUUGUUAUACUCCCCUAUGUGCUCUCGAACAACGAAGAACCUAAAUCAUACAAAUAUUAUUAAAUAUUCCUAUAUCCCAUCUUCCAGACACCAGCAUCAGAGCAUUAACAACUAAACGACCAAAGCAUAUACAACUAGGUUAACAACUACUCUACUCAACCACCGAACUCCAACCAUCCUACACCAACAGCGACAGCGACAGCGACAGCGGCACAAACACUCCCAGAUCAAUAUCAUCAACACCUCCCGCGGCUGGGAAGAUACACCAGCCAAGUCUCGCAGGAGCCAGCCUCGUUCAGCUCAAGCAACCUCUUAAGCCAGUUCAAUUCGAACCUGACCAUUCCACUUCCACCAUCACCAUCCCCUUGCGCCAAACAAAUCACCAGAAAAUCAAAAUCAACCAUGUCACCAUCACCAUCACUCCCCAACAUCCCCCAAUCCGCCCAGGAAGAAGUCUCAGUCUUCUCUUCCAUCCCCUGGUGCCAACGCAUCCUCUCCGACCCAGAAUGGCGCGUCGAGCAAUGCACUUCACGGGUCCUGAAACCCCAAACGCGGGAGGACGCUUUACUUUCGCAAAGCCUAAAGUCCAACGACACAAUUAAAGGAUGGGUAUCAUUAUACAAACGUCCACAAAACACCACCGCCAAUUCCACCAACACUAACCCAACCACCACCACACCCCCCAAUCUAACAACCGAAGUCCUCACCCUUCUCUCUCUCCAACCCGGUCUCAACGGCUACCCAGGCGUCUGCCACGGCGGCAUCGUAGCCACCAUCCUCGACGAAGUCAUGAGCAUUCUCGUCACACGAUGCCGUACCUCCCAGGGCGUCAGGGGCGACAACGUCACUGCCGAUCUGCACCUGACGUACGUGAAACCCGUGCCGACGCCCGCUGUUGUACUAUGCCGGGCCAAAAUCAACGAUAUCAAGGGGCGCAAGUAUUUUGUCGAUGGACAGAUUGUUGAUGGAGAAUCCGGGACUGUUUUGGCAAAAGCUGAUGCUUUGUUUAUUACGGUUCAGAAGGAAAAGUUGUGAUCUGCCCAGAUUGCUUCCCUUUUGACUUUUCCCAUUGGUUCGACUGAAGCAUAUCCAAAGGUAGAUAUCAAUGUUUCAUGGACGUCAACGCGGUCCAGAUUCUUGCAUAACACGGGUGGUCACCAAGGCAUAGGAUACCGAUCGAUACUGAUUGACAGAACGAGUAAUAUCAUUAUCAGCCCAGAUGCGAGCCCCUAAAGCUAUGGGCCUAUGACACUCGACAAGGUUACCAGGUAAUAAUAUUGAUAUCCUCGUACCCAUCCAUGCUAGGUUACACGCAUGGUCAACCAAGAAGAACCAAAUGCCAUACUAGUAUCCGAA